AUGAAUCUGGAACCAAGAAUACCCCUUCGGCAGAUCCUUCAACCGGUUCUGAAUCUGAUUGAUCCGCGAGAUGCACAACCAGCCGACGCUCCACAAGAUCCGGAUGAACAACAACGACUAGCAGUGAUGCGAAGAGAUAAGUAUGUAGAAUUCAUAGGAUUAAUGAAUCGGCAACAAAUUCUUCGCCAUGAAAUGAUCCGUCGGUUACGUCAGAGAAUUCCCGAACAAGAAAAUCGAAUCCGCAUGUGGGAAGACUAUAUAGUGCAGAAGAAUGUACUAGAAUAUCAUAUCGUUCCACUUAUGAGUAACUUGUUUAUCGGACAACCCAUUGAUCUAGAAAACCGAAGGGAAAUUUUGAAUUUAUUGAAUCAAAUCGAUGAUCUUCGCGAGCCAGUGAUUCCAGAUUUGAACGGUGAUCCAGAUGAGCAAGAAGUGAUUGAAGAUCUGGAUCCAAUGGAAGAAAACAAGCCAAUUGGUCUGGAGAUACUUGAGAGGAGGAUUCUGAAAGAUUUCCAGCUACGAAGACAUGGAGAAAGGAGAAGAGAGGAGCGGAUUCAAGAACUAGAAGAAGAGCAAAGAAGAUCUAUUCGUCGUAUAGGAAUCCUGUUUGGUGAAGAAGGAAGGCGUCAGGAGGAGAUACUGCGACUGGAGGAACGAGAGCAAAGGCAGCGGGAGCAGUUACACCAAUUAGAAGCAGAAAUAGUAGCCCCGCUAAAUGAGCAAGUUCCGGAAUUGGUGGGGAGACAAGCAGAGAAUGAUCGACGUAUUAGAGGAGAGCGAAGGAAUCGGGAUCUUCCGCAAAGACUGGAGGUUCCAAUGAAUGGACGUGUAGAAGACGAAGAAGAAAGAAUUAGGGACCUUCAACAUAGACUGCUGGAGGUUCGGAGAAAUGCUCGUCGACCGGAACCUGCACGCCUGAAUCAUCCGGAUAUGGUUGCAGGAGAUCCAGUGAAGCCAGAACGUCAAAGUUGGGAUUUUCAGUAUUGGUCGCCUAACAACUUAAUCGAAUGGAUGGAGCUUGUUCUCCCCGAGCACUUGCGACGAGAUGGGACUAUCGGCCGAAUCCGCGAAAUGAACUUGGAUGGUGCCGUGAUUCCCGAGCUAGCUACGGAUGAUUCAAUGCGACGUCUUCUAGGCUUGACUCAGCAACAAUUUCAUUUGUUGAAGUGUCAUUCCAUGAAAGUUAUCAACAAGUACUACGAUGAGAGGCGACAGCGGUUUGGAAUUAUGAAUAUUCGAGAACAAAACAGACAACUGAGGAUGCAAAGACUCCGAGCCAGGGACGAAGAGCAAAGACUUCUGGAACAGCGUGAAAGAGCGCAUCAGCGCCGCGUUUUCCGUAUGUCGUUUCCCGAUGCACCACCACUUGGAAGGACUCCGAAGCCAGUUUAUCCGAUAGCCAAGCACCCGGUGGGCCAAUGGGGCGUGGAGUUCGGAGAUGAUGUUGUCCCAAUCUUGCCUCCAAAUGCCACCGUAGACUUCAAGUCGUGGUCGCCGUCAGCUUUCUUAGAGUGGGUGGCUAUGAUCAUCCCCCAAGAGAUUGAGAAAGGACUGGGUGAUCGUAUUAAGGCAAGAAUUUUGGGCGGAUACCAUGUCAAGAUCAUCGCGAUUUCCACAACACUGAAGCAGGUACUAGGAAUGGACGAUGAGCCGUUUUCGAAGCUUCAAAGUCAAGCCAGGAAAAUUUUGAAUAUCUACCGCGCCGAGAAGUUCGAUCGUCGAAUGAUGCAGUACAUGAUUGAUAAGAAUCGGUGGGAGUUGCAGGAGAUGAGAUUAGCCGCUGGACCAAUAUAUUGGCGCUGA